UUUUGGAGAACAUGGAAGGAGAUCAGCUUCAACAGCAAUAUGGAGUAAUUCGUUCUCUCUGCUGUCUCAUUUUGUGCUGUAUGUACUGACAUCAUACUACUGCCACGAUUUUACAGAAUCCAUACCAUUUCCAAUUCAAGGUAUGGAGUCUGUGGUGGCAACAGUGAGUGGCUAUCAUGGAACAGAGCGAUUCAAUCUUAUCAAGUUGAUUUCACAUGCUGGUGCAAAUUAUGUUGGCGCAAUGUCACGAUCGAUCACGCACCUGAUUUGUUGGCGAUUUGAAGGAAGGAAAUAUAAUCUUGCUCGGAAGUUCAGAACAGUUAUAGUGAAUCACCAGUGGAUUGAAGAUUGUUUAAAGCGAGGAAGGCGUGUUCCAGAGGAAUCUUAUAGACUGAAAAGUGGAGAAGAGGUGGGGCCCAUUUUGCUGCAAGUUCCACUUGCUGUUCGGGUGAGUAGCUCGACUAAGAAUAAAGUGCUUAAACAUGGAUCAGAUGACAUUGCCUCCAAAAGCCAAACAACUGACAUCAGUUCUGGAGCUUCCGGAAAUUCUGUCAGGGAAGAUUCUUAUUUGAACGAGCAGGAGGAGCCAAUAACUUCUUCCAGACGGUCAAGGACAAAUAAACGAAAGAUCUCCGGUAGUAAGGGAGUGGCUACUGAUGCUGGUCCUUCUCAUCACAGAAGAAGGCUUGUGAAAAGGAAUGUUCAAGGAGUUUCAGCUCCUUUACUUGAUUUGAACUCUGAGGAGUACCUUAGCAGAAUGGAUAGAUUAAAUACUGAUACUGUAGCUUCCUCUAGCCUUUCUGGUGGUGUCUCUACUGUUAUUAUUUUAGAAAAUAGAGAAGGAUCAGAUAUUGACUCAUAUAAUCAAAACAUAGCUAUCGAUGCAGCAUCAAAUGUCACUGGACAAAUCAAAGAUUUGAAUAAUUUAUCAAGUACAAGAAUUUCAGCUCCAUGCGUACAAGAUGCCUUGCCUACUGCCGAGCAAAUAUCAGUAGACGAGUGUUUUGAAAAGGCCGCAGAUGGUAUUCAGGAUGGUCAUGUGGCUGACUUACCCAAGCCAACAGAGUUGUCAUGCGUCAUAUGUUUGACGGAAUUCAGCUCAACACGGGGGGUUUUGCCAUGUGGACAUAGGUUUUGUUAUUCUUGUAUCCAGAGUUGGGUUGAUCAUAGGACUACAAUGGGAAAAAUCUCAACGUGUCCCUUGUGCAAGUCAAGGUUUGACAGCAUCAUUAAAUAUGAGGAUUUGGCCGAGGAUCAAAAGAUAUAUUCCCAAACAAUCCCAUGUGGCAUUCCAAUCUCAGAUAUUAUUUUUCUUAUGGAUCGAGAGCAACCAAAUUAUGGUUUUGAGUCCUCACAGAGAGGUGCUUGUGUUGUUUGCCGGGGACGAGAACCUGAGGAUCUGCUCAUGAGUUGCCAUCUUUGCCACAUUCGACAAAUCCAUUCCUAUUGCCUGGAUCCUCCAUUAUUGCCAUGGACAUGCAAUCACUGUAAGGAUCUUCGGAUGCUUUACCAUAAUCAUUCACAUUAGUGCAUAUCUUCCUACGCAUCCACCUUCCUGGGUCCCCUAAAUGCGUACUGAAUCUUUUGCUUAUGAUUCUGCUGCAUAUUUUGUACUCAAGACCCAUAUUUCUGAUAUUAGGAAAUUCUGUUAGUAAAUGCCGUUUGUGUAAACCUUUCCUGAUGGAAUUCGUUGAAAUUGUUCAAUUGGUUUUCUCUGAAAUAAAGUGAACAAGCUUUAGUUAUGGGACUAUGUAGUCGGUGCAGCGAUUCAGAAGGGUUGCCAUGUCA